AUGAGCAAAUACUACAUGACAUACCGUGCACAUGGCGAAAGGGCUUUGGCAGCAUUUACGCGUCGUCCAUUCAUCUCAGCCACUGCUCUGCUCGGGUUGUUCUGUACAAUUUUAUGGUAUCAAAAACCAUUCAGCACCCUGCGUAAUCAGGAUCGGCGCUCUGGAUUUGAUGGCCAGUGGCACUCAGCAAGAGACAAGAACAAUUUGAUGCUCGACGAUAGUCAAUGUACUGUUGCUUUUCCAAGAUUGUUUGAAGAGGUUUCGAGGGCAGUGGAGGGUCGGAAACUCAGUCAUAUCACCAGCGAAGAACUCGACGAAAUUGAGCCCAAAAAUGGCUAUGUCAGGGCCAUGAUUUACGAUCAAGGACUUUAUGUGAUUCAAAAACAGGGCGCGAUAUAUUCCCGAGAGCUGAGCACUCUUCACGCCAUCUACCGCGCGAUACUCACCUCGCCGCUUCCUCUGCCGAACAUUGAGUUUGUAUUCAACACAGACGACAUAGUCUUCGAACCUCAACCGCUCUGGGCUUACGCUCGAAAAGCAGAACAUAACCAUCUCUGGCUAAUGCCGGAUUUUGGUUUCUUCUCCUGGCCUGAAACACUGGCAGGCUCUAUGCGCGAAGUUCAGCUGAAGGCUGUAGAAGAGGAAGACAUAAGGCAACAUCCGUGGCACAAUAAGAUCGAAAAGGUCUUGUGGCGAGGCGCAACCAUGGGCCUUGCACUAAGAGAUCGUCUGCUGUCGGUCACAACUGGGAAAGAGUGGGCGGAUGUUGUGGCCUUGGACUGGCACGACAAGGACAGCAUGCAACAUGACCUCAAAAGUAUGCCCGAGCACUGCGACUACAAGUAUCUCGUUCACACAGAAGGCAACUCGUACUCUGGCCGCCUAAAGUAUCUGCAAGCCUGUCAAUCCGUUGUCAUCGCACACAAGAUGGACUGGAUUCAGCAUUACUUUCCGUUAUUGGAAGCCACUCGUGGGCCCAACCAGAACUACAUUGAGGUUGAUCGUGAUUUUGACGAGCUCGAAUCCACGGUCGAUCGUCUACGUAGAAACGACAAAGAGGCUCGGAAAAUUGCCACGAAUUCAGUGAGAACAUUUCGAGAACGGUAUCUAACAGCCGCUGCGGAGGCUUGCUACUGGAGACGCCUCAUUCGUGGUUGGGCCGAAGUCAGCUUCGAACCAGAAUUCUACAAGCUUGUCAAUGGCACGAAACAGUGGAGGGGUCUGCCCUUCGAGAGCUUUGCUCUUGAAAGACGACUUGAAUGGGACCCUUACUGA